AUGGAGUUUAUCAAAGAGAUCUUCCCGCCCGGGGUGGUCAACAUUCUUCCCGGUUUCGGGCCUGGAGCAGGACAAUCGAUUGUCGACCAUCCUUCGAUCGAGAAAAUCGCGUUCACCGGAUCCACCGCCGUCGGGAAACAGAUCCUCGCUCGAUCCGGCCAGAAUAACCUCAAGAAAGUCACCCUCGAACUUGGCGGAAAGUCGCCCAACAUUAUUUUUGAUGAUGCCGAUUUUGAUCAAGCCGUCAAAUGGGCCGAAUUUGGAUUGUUCUUUAACCAAGGACAAAUCUGUUCUGCCGGGUCAAGAGUGUUUGUUCAAGAGGGAAUCUAUGAUAAAUUCGUCGCUGCUUUGAAGGAGAGCCUCAAGAACCUUAAAGUCGGCGAUCCGUUCGAUGCAAGCACCUUUCAAGGCCCACAAAUCUCCCAACUUCAAUAUGACCGAAUCAUGGGUUACAUUAAAUCAGGUAAAGACGAGGGUGCAACAUGUUUGCUCGGUGGUGAUCGACAUGGUCAAGAAGGAUAUUUCAUCCAACCGACGAUUUUUACGGAUGUGAAGGCGGGAAUGAAGAUCUGCAAGGAGGAGAUUUUCGGGCCGGUGGUGGUAGUGAUGAAGUUCAAGGACGAGGAAGAUGCGAUCAGACAGGCCAACGACACCGUCUAUGGACUCGUUUCGGCCAUACAUUCGACCGACAUCACCAAAGCUCUCCGAGUCUCCAAACGCAUCAAGGCCGGCACGGUCUGGAUCAACUGCUAUAAUAGGAUAGCCAGCCAGGUCCCUUUCGGCGGCUACAAGGAAAGUGGUCUCGGCCGUGAGUGCGGUAGCUACGCAUUGUCAAACUAUACAGCGGUCAAAUCUGUUUUCAUCAACAUGAGUGAGAAGAUAUGA